AUGACUUCUACUCUCAAACAAAUAUCUAAAAAAAAUAUCUUCAAUAUAUUAAAGUGUAUUUAUAAUUCUGGAUAUCCAAAUAAUAUUAAAUUGAGAAGUUAUUCUAUCUACUCACAAGCAAUACUUUUUUCUCAUUUAUUAAUAAAUAAAAAUUUUAAAUCUAUUAUUUCAUAUUCAACAGCUAAUGAUAACAUUAAUCAAUCAAAUAAUAUACCUAACAAAUCUUAUAAACUCAAUGAAAAUAGUAAUACAUCUAUUAUAAAUAUUAACAAUACUAAUAACAAUAUAAUAGAAGAAAAUAUAAAUAAUAACAAAUUAAUACAUCUAAUGAAAGUUCCAUCUGUUGGUGAUACAAAUAUACAUGGAAUACUAACUGAAUGGAAAGUUUUAGAAGGUAGUCAAGUUAUUGAAGAUCAAAUUAUAUGUACAAUAGAAACUGAAGAAGUAACUAUUGAUAUUCAUUCUGAAGUAUCUGGGAAUAUUAUUAAACGUCAUAUAGAUAUAGGGAAAAAAGUUGAAGCUGGAGAAGAUCUUAUAGAUAUUGAAGUAAGUAAACCAUCUAAAACUUUAAAUAUAGUAGAAACUAUAUCAAAUACCCCUACAAAUACGAAUCUUUCAUAUAUGCCUAAGAUAUGCUUUGAACACAAGAUUAGUAAAGAACUUAAAUCAAAAAUAGAUACACCCUCACAUAAGAUAGGUAUAAAAAAAAUAGACAGUUCUAAACAUGAGCAAAUCUCUGAUAAUAAUAUUUCACUUUUAAAAAGGAAAGAGUUUACUGAAGAGGAAAUAGAAUUGGCAAAUUUGGGUACAAUAGAUAAAUAA